AAUAAACGUCACACACACGAGUCACGUACUUUUUUCACUUAAAGAUAAUUUUAAAUUUAUCGUCAUGGGCGAUCGCAAUGAGCAGAAGCCAGAAUCCAAACCAAAGGAGUUCCAAAGACCUUCAGCUCAAGGGGAUCAAGGUGCUCCAGGAGGUCGUCAGCCUCCUCCCAGUCGGUACAUUCAAACCACUGAGGACAACAAGGACUCCACUUUUGAGAAGUGCGCCGUGGCUCUUUGCUGGUUCCUUGUGGCCAUUACCUUACCCCUUUCCCUGUGCUGUUGCUUGAUGUCAGUUCGCGAGUACCAUCGAAUAAUUAUCCUUCGUCUGGGUCGGCUUAGGAGGGGUGUUCGAGGACCGGGCUUAGUGUUUUUCUUACCCUGCAUCGAUGACAUCCACAGGGUGGACUUGCGAACCGAUGUCGUCAAUGUGUCGCCACAGGAUGUGCUCACCAAGGACUCGGUCACGAUCACCGUGAAUGCAGUCGUUUACUUUAGCAUCUACAGUCCCAUUGACUCGAUCAUCCAGGUGGACGACGCCCAGCAGGCCACAGAGCUGAUCGCUCAGGUUACGCUGCGCAACAUCGUGGGAUCCAAGACGCUCCAUGUCCUGCUGACCUCCAGGCAGCAACUCUCCCGGGAAAUCCAACAUGCGGUGGCCGGAAUUACAGCUCGCUGGGGAGUUCGUGUGGAGCGAGUGGAUGUGAUGGAUAUCGUAUUGCCCUCCAGCUUGGAAAGAUCUCUGGCCAGCGAGGCUGAGGCUGUAAGGGAAGCUCGGGCCAAAAUAAUCUUGGCCGAGGGUGAACUCAAGGCUUCGAAGGCCCUAAAAGAGGCUUCCGAUGUGAUGUCCGAAAACAAGAUCACACUUCAGCUGAGGCAUCUGCAGAUCCUGUCAUCGAUCGCCUCGGAGCGACGUGUCAGGAUCAUUUACCCCAUUCCUCUAGAGAUCAUGGAGCCUUUCUUGGGCGGCAAGGACAAUCAGAAAAAUAACAAAGAUGGUGGUGAAGAUGGUCCUGGUGGUAGUAAGGACACUAAGCAAAUAGAAGGAGGAGGUGGUGGUGCGGCAAGUAACACCGAAACUCGAAAGGAAGGUGGUGGUCAGGGUGGUGGCGGAGUCCUGUCCAAUUUCUUCUUUAGUGGUAAAGCAGAGAUGAAGCCAAAUAUUGAAGAAGUUGUCAAGCUAACGGAACCAAGUGAACCAGGCACCUCAAAGUGUGUCAUGAAAGGUGCAAGAGAUGAAUUACUAUUGAACGUGGCUAAAGAUGAAAGUCAAAUAGUGAAAAUGGAUAAAAAAUAUGAAAGACCUACAUAUGUCGCCUAUGAGUUCGACCGUGUAAAACGGAGUCCUGCGAACUUCACCUCAAACGAAGGCGGUGCCCAGAAGACCCCAGUGCCAAGUUCGCCGCAGAGAGCAGGGGGCCUGGCGUUUAUGGACCUGCAAUCUUAUCGAGACUUCCUGCGAACUCGCUGGUAAUCAGCCGGCGGCUGGCAGCCUCCUGGCAGCAGGACAAUGGGAAGGCCAAGCGUGAAAUGAGCAACAGUCACGUCAGCCGAUGGGGCCACAAACUUGAUUGAAGGGCAUUAUCCUCGCUCCUCAUCCACAUCCACUGGGGCGACAUUGACACAGCCAUUGAAUGGCCUCCAAGCGGUUUUUGUGACACGAUAAAAAAUAGCCAAAUGCUGGGUAUUUUUCACUCGCGGUGAGAAUGGAAUCUCGGCUGGCAAUUUAUCUCUUUUAAUAAAUUGGAAGUUUUCGAGUCGAUACUUUAAUGCCGGGAUGAAAUAUAGUUGAAAUUUAAUCAGAA